AUGCCGAGAGACACUUCAAUGGCUGAAACGGCACUCUCGUCGACUUUCAAGUACUUUCCAAAGCUCCCAAUUGAGCUACGCCUCAUAAUCUGGAAAUAUGCCAGUCAACAUCAGCGCGUGAUCAGAGUACGAGCACUGAAAGUCCGGUCUGAGAUACCAGUGGUGCGAUUUAUCAGCCAACCCAAUGCACUUCUUGCUAACAAGGAAGCAUUCCAAGAGAUGAUGAAAAAUUACACUACCUACUCGAAUCGGAUGUUCAUGAAACCACUGAUGAUUAACUUAGAAGUGGACUUGUUGUACUUUGAAGAUGAAGAGGACUUGCGAGUACUGAUCUACGGUGGAAGAGAUCCACUCAGAGAGGUUUUGGUCAACAUGGCUGUCUCUAGGAAGGCGAUGUGGUACUUGACAGGUACUUUGUGGUCGAUUUCUAAAUUCACCGUUCUUGAAAGAUUGAUACUUCAGACGGCGAAUGAUUUCUCUUCCUCUGUAGACAGGCUUAAUCAACGCUCGCUAGAGUGCUUUUGGAGCAAUUGUGGCCCCGCGUUCCAAAGGCCUGCUCUAGAGUGGAUUUCAACCGAGGAGAUGGAGAAUCUGUGA